AUGGCUCUGUUCCUCUGGCUUGUGCUGGCAUUUUCGUUGCUUGUCUGGCGAUUUGCGUCAGUGCUACGCAGUGUGCCUGCACCCAGGCGGCGCUGUGGCGACUCUCCACUGCGCGUGUGCGUAGUGCUCGGAUCAGGCGGUCACACGAGUGAAAUGAUGCGUAUCGUCGAAACCCUCAAAACGGAAAUAUGGGGGCAUCACCGACCAUUUUAUGUUGUUUCGUCUACCGACUCGCAUUCAGCUAGUCUCGCUAAACAAUUUGAGGAGCGAAACUUUGGGAGAUGCUGCCGCCUACACAUAAUACCUCGGGCGCGUGAGGUUGGCCAGAGCUACUUUCUCUCCAUUUUUACAACCCUUCGUGCCUUGUGGUCGUGUGUAUUUCUCGCACUUGAUGAGAAACCGGAUGUUAUUUUGGUGAACGGCCCAGGUGUCUGCGUGCCUGUAGUUGCCGGUGCAUUGUUAGUGGCUAUACUCAUACCCUCGUCGUGCUACUGCCGUCCCGCUAUCGCGUUCAUUGAGACAUACAGUUCCGUUUCUCAUAUGUCUGUUUCAGGGAAGCUUCUGGGGCCGAUCAGUGACGUGUGCGUGGUGCAGUGGUUGAAGCUGUACGAAAAUUAUCAACAUAAAUGGUGGUGGGGCUGCAAAAAUAUUUUCUUUGUGGGGACGAGGAAUACUGCGGAAGAAAAUGGUUUACAGCAGCGGCUUUCACCAAUGUUGGGGAAGUUUGAUGGCAGCGAAGAGGGUGGUGGAGCUGGCUCAAUGGCCCUGGUUACUGUGGGGUCCACCCAGUUCACUCCACUCAUUGAAGCUGUUGAUAAUGAGGAGGUGCUGAGGGCACUCGCCAAACGAGGUAUUACGCAACUUUUAGUGCAGAAGGGAACAUCGCCUUAUGUCAAUCGGAUUUCAUUCGCUCACGGCGUUUCCGUUGAAGUUUUUCCUUACCGGCCAAAACUUCAUGAAAUCAUUCAGAAAGCUGCAUUGGUUAUAUCCCACGCCGGAGCGGGGACUAUUUUGGAGGUGCUAGAGAGCAAAAAACCAAUGAUCGCUGUACCUAAUCGAGCACUAAUGCUGGACCACCAGUUGGAAUUUGCAGAGGCACUUAGUAAUGAGCGGUACAUUUAUUGUGUGCAGGUUGCGGACCUUUGUAAACAGCUGCAGCGACUUGAUCUAGGGGCGCUUCGUGUGUACCCCGGGGCGGAUACUGCAGAGUUGCUGAGGUUACUCACCCCACUCUUCAGUUUGUGA